AUGUUUGGUGACAAGACUGUCAGCAGGAUACAACCGGAGGUGCUUUCACUUUUUAUGAGAAAAGUGCAAGGGGAAGACGAACACACCAACGUUUGUGAGAUCUCUAGAGGUUUCAACGGAUCAUCCAAUACUCUUGUUGGUUCAACUCAAUCAGAUGAAGAGAUCAAGUCAGCUGUCGAUGUUUCACCUGACGCAUUGGCGUCCUACCUUGUGUGCAAGGGAAACUUGGCGCUGCCAACUGCACCAACAUACCAGGAUCUGGACCGUCCAAUAAACGAGUACUUCAUAUCUACCUCUCACAACACAUAUCUUCUUGGUCGUCAAGUGGCCACUCGUUCGAAACUGGAGGGUUAUAUCGAAGCUCUAUCCAAAGGUUGCCGAUCAGUAGAAAUCGACUGUUGGGAUGGACUGAACGGUCAGCCUGUUGUUAAGCAUGGAUACAGUCUCACAACAUCUGUCAGCUUUCGAUCUGUGAUUAACGCUAUCAAGGAAUAUGCCUUUGUCAGCUCUGAUAUGCCUCUAUGGCUGUCAUUGGAGGUCCACUGUUGCAGUUCACAGAGAGAUAUAAUGGCUCAGGUCAUGAUCGAGGUAUUUGGAUCAAGUUUGAUCACUGAGCCGUUACAAGGGUGCCUGGACACACUACCUUCGCCAAGCCAGCUACGAGGGAAGAUACUGAUCAAGGCCAAGAUGCCACAAGACAUGAACACAAAGGAUAGCGACAAGGAGGGCCGCGACACGGUAAAAUUGGAUCAGACGCACAAUGAUGCUGGAUCAAUGCCCGAAAAGGGAGACGAAAGUGCCGCAGUCACGAACCAAUUGCAGCGGAAAGGUCUCCAAGAAGACGCACUACAGAAACUGGCUAUCUAUGGUGCUGGUAAGCGGUUGCCGCAUCCAGACGCCAUAGACUCACACAGGAACUUUAUUUACUCCAUGUCGGAGACGAAACUUAGCAAACGUAUCAGUAAGGAGAAACCUCUCGGGUUGAUUGGCACACAGCAUAUGGUCCGAGUAUAUCCCGAUCCAAAUCGUGUUGAUUCAUCCAACUUUAAUCCAAUAAAGUGUUGGCAACACGGCGUUCAAAUGGCAGCUCUCAACUAUCAGACGCCUGACUUCAAUAUGAGAUUGAACGAUGCCAUGUUUACUGGAAGUUUGGGGUAUGUGAUAAAGGCACAACCAGAGCCGAAGCAGAUCCGCAUUGCGGUUGAUGUUCUCCUGGUGGGAGGGAUACAUGGGCUAGGAGCCGACAGUCCUGUAUAUGUCGAGCUUGAGCUUAUUCUACCUGAUAUGCCCAGUCAGCGAGUUCGAACGACAGCUGUGUCAACUCACGGGAUAGCAAAAGUCAGUAACCUCAAGAAGGGGUACCGCAUAUUACCACUUGGCGUCACGGAAGAAACAGGUGGCUUUAUUUUUUUUUAUACGAAUACAGAACGAAUGGAUCCACUCUCGAUUACCACGGCCUGUAUAGGGCUUAUAGGUACGGUUACUAAGACGACGGUGGCGGUUACCGAAUUUACGCGCGACUGUCGCGAGGCCCGAUCUGACCUCACAUCUAUAAACGGCGAAUUGUCCCAGCUGCAACUCGUUCUGGAGUUACUUAGAGAUGAUACAGCUGUCAGCGAUGACCAGAUCUUACCAGAGUCUCUGCAGGAGCAGAUCCUGUCCAUCAUUGACAACUGCUCCGCUGUUGUCUCCAAGAUCAAUCUUGUUCUUGAUAACCACUCUGGCAAGGUUGGAGUACUCAAGUGGGCUACAUUUGGCAAGAGUGAAGUUGCCGGGCUCCGCAUGUCGCUUGAAGCACAUCGUGGGUCUUUGAAUCUGGCCUUGGAGUUGGUCUCCGUUUCUUUGUCCAAGGCAAUUAAAAGCGAUACUGCAGCCAUCAGAACUGACGUCCACGACAUAAAACAAGACACCAGUCAGAUCCCCCAAAUAAUGGAUGAGCUGAAUAGACUGCGGGUUAUUGUUGCUGGUGGUGAUGUUCCGGCGGCGACCAUCGGACAAAACUAUAUUCUCCAGCAAUAUCUUGACGAUCUCACUUCGUAUGCUGAGACAGUCUGUAAUGAUGUUGAGUGGGAGACGGACAGCAGUGUCCAUGCACUUUCUCGUUCCUCGAGUCCAUCAGGCCCGCGGAUUGAAUCUUCGGCACCAUCGGCACCAGUCAUUCAGCUCGAGACAAGUGCCGAUGCCGGCUCCCAGGUUGCCUCUCUGCCAAAUACAGAUACUCAGGUCUGCAACGAGGGCGACAAGACAUAUUUGCAGCCCACUAAGAUUCAUUCUAACGCUUUUUUAUGCAAGGCCAAGAAGAAGAUUGUACUAGUUGGAGACAGUGCAUGUGGGAAGACGGCUCUUUGUCGGCACUUUCCUCGCGACGGUGUUGAUCUCUCACUCUGGGACACUUCAGGCAUGGAUGAUAAUGACAGACUUAGACCACUCUCGUACCCGGAUGCAGACGCGGUCUUGAUCUGCUUCUCAUUUGACUACCCCGAUUCACUCGAAAACGUGGUAGAAAAAAUAUGUUGA